UUUGCUUUUCAGUAUUUAGGAAGAAAAAAAAAACACCGGAAAACAAUAGUAUUAGCAGUUUAAUGUUUCAAGGAACAUCAGGCACUAUCAUUCUUUUUUUCAGGGUUUUGACGGAGCCCACUGAAGUUGAUUCAUGGAGGUGCCUUGCUACCUGCCUAAGCUCGUUUUCGAGCUCAACGAGCAGCGCAAGCGGGGCUACUUCUGUGACUGCAGCAUCCUCGUCGAGGGCCGCGUCUUCAAGGCCCACCGCAAUGUCCUGUUUGCGGGAAGCGGGUACUUCAGGGCUCUCUUGGUUCACUAUUUACAGGAUAGUGGACAGCGUCAAAGCACAGCAUCUUUAGACAUAGUUACGGCCGAUGCCUUCUCCAUCAUCCUGGACUUCCUCUACUCCGGCCGAUUGGCCCUGAGCAGCAGCAGCGUCAUCGAGGUGAUGUCGGCGGCCAGCUACUUGCAGAUGACCGACCUGGUGAACCUUUGCAAAAAAUACAUCAGCUCCUCUUUGGAAAUAUGCAACAAGGACAAAGAGGACGUGAAAGAGGAGGAGACUCAAGGACAGGAAGGGCGAUACAGGCCGGCGGACAGCGGCACCCCGGCUGCUUCGAAAUCCGGCGGCGUUGGGCCCGAGGAGUCUCGUUCACAGGUUAAAGAACCAGAUGGGGCAUCUGUAAAGCAAAUUCCAAGUCCUCUGCCCGUGUCCGGCAACACUCUCGCGGGCCCAAGCAGAGAAAUGGACGCCGACUACAAUUCCGGCGCUGAAAGGCCAAAGGCAAAGACGGAUCAGACUAAUCUCUCCUCCACUUCGUGUUCUGAUUUGACCCUAGAGUUAGUCAACCCCAAGAUAGAGUACGACCCAGAUGAGGAGCUUUUGGAAUCUCCCGACAAUAAAGACCUGCCGUCGUAUCCCGGCCCCUCGGUUCCUCACCACAGCCGACAUAGCAUCCUCCCGCCGAGUUUCAACGCCGAGCGCUCCUCCGUGGGUUACGGCUCUUCUUUCAGUGCCCGGCAGCUGAUGGAGAUGCUGGCCAGGGGCGAAGGCCCCAACCCGGCGGUUGACCGAGGGGGCCAGCGCAUUACCCAAAGACCGCCAGGUAGCAUCUUGGGAAUGAGCCGCAUGGAGGACAGUUUGGGUUUUGUCGGCUCAUCCGUCAUGGAAAUUCAAUCGGAUUGGAUUGGAGAGGACACAGGCGACAGCUUACUGGUUCCGGUCAAACUGCACAAGUGCCCCUUCUGUCCGUACACGGCCAAGCAGAAGGGAAUAAUGAAACGGCACCUUCGCUGUCACACAGGCGAGAGGCCCUUUCCCUGUCCCAUGUGCGGAAAGAGGUUCACAAGACAGGAGCAUCUUCGCACCCACGCCCUGAGCGUCCACAGGCACGACCUGCCCGUGUCCUGCAAGAGCUGCAGGCGGAUCUUCUCCGGGUCCAGCGUCUCCCCGGGGUUCCGGCGCUACGGCAUCUGCGACAGCUGCAACUGCGUGACCACCACCCACGCCGACUCCACCCCCCUGCUCGUCGUCGGGAAAGCCGACCCCGCGGAACGCGAAGACGGCGGAACCGACUGGGCCAGUUUUAUGGACGACGUGGACGAGGUGGAGGUUGGCAGGGUGGAAGACCUGGUGGAGAAACAGAUGCUCGAACGGCAGCUGACGUCCUGCGACGAUGUCGGUCACAAUCUGUGAAAUUAUGUCGGUCCACGCAUACUCCGCAAGAACAGAUUUUAUUUUUUCUUUCCGGUCUCAGGGCUGUGAAAUUAUUUUUAUUUUUAUUGCUGCCCUGGUAUGGGUGUUCUCAUUGCGUGUUCUCGACACACAUUCUUAACUGAACUUUUUUCUGAGUUAGUUUCAGAGAACUAAGCGGAUUGAUCAGAAAUCCAAAGUGGUUCAUGCUAUUUUUCCAGAAGUGAUACAUUUAGGGUACAAAUUUGACAGUAGAAUAAUUUUACGCCAACAAAUGUCAAAAAGCGGCUCCAUGGGUCAAUUGUACAAAGUCGUCAGUCUAAAGGAAGAGCAACUGUUCUGCCAGCUUGUCAGUGUAUAUAUCUGGAAUACAUCGAUAAACAGAGAUAGAUUUGUAAUAAAUAUUUUUAAGACUAAUUGAGGAUGCACGAGAUAGGCUUAGAUGGAAAAAGAUGACACGCCCUGGCGACCCCUAAGGGCACAAGGGGAAAGAAAAAGAAGGAAGAUAUGUAAUUGGUAAAUUUCCCACGUCACACCUGAUGAUGAUUUCUCAUGGCACACUGUUUGAGAGUCAGUGGUAUAAUAGGAAUAUAAAGACAAUAUGGUGACUAAAUGUUGGAAGCCAAAAUAUUGUACAUGCAGGAGAGCAUUUGUCGUAAAAAAAAGCGCGCUAUUUAAUCGCAACUUUAUUCACAAGGACCUCUUGCAAAGCGUCAAACGUCCUGGCUGAGAUAAACUGAGCUCGUUCUUGUCGCUAAAGAUGGAAUUUCUUUGUUCUUGCGGUUUAUGUAGAGGCCUUAUAUGGAAUGGACUGGAUGCAGUCAUGAUUCAUCCUUGAUUUUUAUUAAUUGAUGUAUCGGUAACCAGAAAUAUCAUGGUGACAUCCCUUGGUUUUAGGUUAGCUUAAGCGAGGUACACAUUUUUUGGAUAGGAUAAUGUUUUAGACAGCUGACAAUUAAGACUUUUUCGGACUUUUCGUGAAUGAGGGGAAAAUACCCAAUUGAGAUCAUCUUAUCCAUAUUUGUGUACCUCGCUCUGGGUAGACGCUUUAUUGAUCGGAGUGUGCGUGUCGUUUAGUCGAUGUUUUGUUUGCCCUCUCACUUCUGUGUCUUGUGUAUGCAUUUGGUAUAUUGAAGAUUCAAUCAAUUAUGACAACUUUCAUGACGCCUUGUGUAUCGGCUAUAAUGUUACUGCAUGGCCCGAGCAGGCUUUUUUAAUUUUUAAUUUUUUGAGAAGCACAGUGCUGCUCUCUAGUGGUGAUUUCGAACACUUGCCAUUUCACUUUUGCAAGCCAUGGAUUAUAAAUGGAACGUAUUCUUUCCUUUAUAGUACGAAAUACAAAUGUAAUUUAAAAAAAUUAAAUUUCAUCGUA